AUGGAACUGGAUACCGGCUCUGCAGUGUCAGUGAUGGCGCACAGUGACUUUGUGCAGUACUUUGGAGACCAGAAGCUGAACUCGUCAUCUGUCCUCCUAAAGACAUAUACUGGAGAGAAAAUCAAGCCCCUCGGCGUAUUGCCGGUGGAGGUACAACACAAUGGCAAACAAUGCACAUUGGACUUGUACAUUGUAAAAAGAGGAGGACCAGCACUGUGGGGCCGAGACUGGCUGAGGAAAUUACAGCUGGAUUGGAAGUCCAUUAAAAGCCUGCAGGUGGCGCCAAACACCACCGACAAGUCCACAGAGGUCAAAUUGGAGACAGUCUUGGUGGCUGCAACGCCUGUAUUCCAAGAUGGAAUUGGGACAUUAAAAAAAAUAAAGGGCAAAAUUGUUCUUCAAGACGGGGCCAUCCCACGUUUCCACAAAGCACGGCCAGUUCCGUACGCCAUACGACAGAAGGUGGAAGCGGAGCUGGACCGCCUAGAGGCCGACGGAAUCCUGUCUAAAGUUGACUGGAGCCCAUGGGCCACACCCAUUGUCCCAGUAGCAAAGAAGUCAGGGGCAGUGAGGGUGUGUGGGGACUUCAAAAUCACAAUCAAUCCUGUGCUACAAGCAGAACAAUAUCCACUUCCCAGGAUCGAGGACAUUUUUGCAAACCUGGCUGGUGGAAAGCGGUUCACCAAGGUGGACCUGGCAGAGGCCUAUCUACAGAUGGAGAUAGAGGAAGACUCGAAGAUGUUCCUGACCAUCAAUACUCUAAAGGGCUUGUACCGCUACAACAGGUUGGUAUUCGGAGUGGCCUCAGCCCCGGCUAUCUGGCAGCGUGCUAUGGAUCAGGUGUUGCAGGGGAUUCCAGCGGCACGCAUGCAGCGUUGGGCCCUGUUCCUGGGAGGGCAUCGGUACAAGAUUGAAUUCAAGAGCACGCUAAAUCACGCCAAUGCAGACGGGUUGUCUCGGUUGCCACUCGACACCGCAACAGACACAAAGGGAGACAAAGAAUCAGUGGCGAUGUUCACGCUCAUGCAGAUCGAAAGCCUCCCAAUGACAGCGGAGAUGAUUGAGAGAGAGACCCGGAAAGAUGCAACUCUCUCACAAGUGUACAAAGCAACGCAGACAGGCUGGGCAGCUAGUGAAAGGUCUUUCCUCGCUCCAUAUUUCCAACGCCGGGAUGAGCUUGCUAUUGACUCUGGGUGCCUUAUGUGGGGAAUGAGGAUCAUCAUACCCACCAAGAUGUUUAUGAAGCUGAAUGGAAUCCGCCACAUAACAUCAGCUCCCUACCAUCCGGCUACUAAUGGGCUCGCCGAGAGGUUCGUACAAACUCUAAAACAAGGUCUGCGAGCCUUUGCGGAUGCACCCAUUUCUCUUCAGCAGAAGUUAGCCAACGUCCUGUUUGCCUACCGUAACGCCACUCAUGCUACUACUAACCGAACCCCUGCCAUGCUGUUCCUGGGACGGGGGCUGCGCUCAAGACUGGACCUGCUAAAGCCGAACCUGCGACGGACGGUAAUGGAUCGUCAGAUCAAGCAGGGUAAAGGGACUCACAAUAGAGAAACGCGUCAACUGGAAAUUGGACAGACUGUGCUUGCCAGAAAUUACCGUGGAGAACACAAGUGGAUUCCCGGUAUAAUCAGAGAGAGGAAAGGGCCCUUGUCCUACACCGUAGAAGUAGCUCCGGACCCUAUCUGGCGACGCCACCUUGAUCAACUACGGGGGUCAGAGGUACGCACUGCAGCGGAGAUGGUGGAUCCUGCUGCUUCAUUCAUCGCUGCUCAGGGGGACCUGAGCCUGCCAACUGCCAGCGCUACUCCAGAGACCAUGAGCCUGCCUAGCUCGACCGCAGGCCAAGACAGCCGGAACCUGCAAAGCUCCGACAGCGACAUGGGGUGUCUGCCAAGCCCUGGUCCGCCCCUGACCCCACGCAUUGGUCUCCCUAGAGCUGGGGCGAGCCCGGCGGUUACACCUGAGAGACGUUAUCCAAUGCGUACUCACAGACCUCCCAAGAGACUAUCCCUUUAA